AAAAAGACGGAAGUAAGCAUAACUGUUAACGCUGAGACGUCGACGACGGACAAAAACUCGUUGGGUUUGGAACUGUAAACAACAUCAUCAUGUUGAAAGAGUUAGUAAGGGAGCGACUGAUCGCGGCCGCUGACGAAAUAUCCGGACUAUUUGAAAGAACAAUGGCGUCAUACGAGGAGCAACUUUGUCGAGCCAGAGAGGAGAGCGAGCGCCUACGCCGACAGCUGGAAAUGAUUUACAGCACGCAAAUUGUCAGACGUGCCGAAGGUACCGAGGAAGACAAUAAAGAGGUCGAGGAGCGUCCACAGCCCUUCUCCGUUAAAGAGGAAGAAGAAGAGGCUAAAGUCAGCAAGUUUCCGCUAACCGCUCUCUCUACGGAAAUGAAAAACAAUGAAGACGAAUGUCCCGAGACCACUCUUGGCGACAAGGAAACUUCCAAAACAUGCCAACAAUACUUUAUCUGCUCAAUUUGUGGUAAAGGUUUUGCUAAAAAAUCCGUAUUGAUUCGACACUUGAGAACACACACUGGAGAAAAACCUUUUCAUUGCUCACUUUGUGGGAAAAGAUUCACUCAAAAGCCAAGCAUGAUUGCCCACAUGAGGACGCACACUGGAGAAAAACCCUUUCGUUGCUCAUUUUGUGGGAAAGCCUUUACUCAAAAGCCAGGCAUGGUGUCACACAUGAGAAUACACACGGGUGAAAAACCCUUUAAGUGUUCGAUUUGUGGAGGUGGCUAUGCCCGUCGUUCCAAUUUGAAUACACACAUGCGCACGCACAACCCUUUGCCCGUUUGUGGCAAAAGAUUUGCUCAAAAACCAAGCCUCGCGACACACAUGAAAACACACACGGGGGAAAAACCCUUCAGUUGUUCCAUUUGUCAUAAAACAUUUUCUCGAAGGUAUCAUUUGGAAAUACAUAUGAGAACACACACAGGAGAGAAACCAUAUAGUUGCGCAGUUUGUGGAGUAAAGUUUCGUCAUCGGUCCACUUUGAAGGUACACAUGCGUGUACAUAACACAGAAUGAAAACUGUUUCACACUAGUCAUUUUAUUUAACUGUAACGUUGUAAAUGUUUUGUUUUUCUGUUCAGUACAAUACAAAUGAUUAUCUUCGAUGCACCACACAGCUGUUUCAUCAUAAUUGCCCUUACCCAGUUUUGGCAUCUUCGUUGAUAAUGAUUUGCUGUUAUUUGUUGCUGCCGUGUGUCCAAGUAUUUGUGUUCUCACCAAAUUUGAACUUCACCUGUCGAUAAUGCGAAACGUUUAUAAAACAUACAUUUAUUCUUUGCAUUUCA